CUGUGUCCCUUUGGCCAUGUCCUUUCCUUUCCAGGGACUUGGGACAUGCUAAGAGCAUACCAGGACAUGAGAGAAGCCAAUUACAUAGGUGCAGACAAAUACUUCCACGCCCGCGGGAACUAUGACGCUGCAAAGAGGGGCCCUGGGGGCGCCUGGGCUGCUAAAGUCAUCAGCGAUGCCAGAGAGAAUGUUCAGAGAUUCACAGACCGUUUCAGUUUUGGAGGCAGCGGCCGUGGAGCAGAGGACUCGAGAGCCGACCAGGCUGCCAAUGAAUGGGGCCGGAGCGGCAAAGACCCCAAUCACUUCAGACCCCAUGGCCUGCCUGACAAGUACUGAGCUUCCUCUGCACUCUGCUCUCAGGAGACAGGCUGUGAGCACCCUGAGGGCAGGGACACCCAGUUAUUGAGGUCUAUGGCCACAGAAGCCAGUGGGGGUCACAGAAUUACUGUCUAAUAAAUGCUUAAGAGAUUGAA